AUGGUUGAACCUUCACCCAUUAUUACUGGUGUAAGUACACUUCAGAAUAAUAAAAGUCAACUAUAUAAUGGUUAUGGCCAACACUACCCUAGCAACCGGCAUUAUAGUGAAUACGUCAAGGAAGUCAGGAAGUGGCAAGAAAGCUUUAUCAAGCGUGAAAAGCAACAACUAAAAGAAAGUAUAAAAAAAGUGCCAUCCUGCUCAAAUGAUCGAAUAGGUCAAGCUGAUAAUAUUAAUCAGUUUAAUCGAACAGCAGCACUGAAGAGCAACUCGUAUCCUUCGGUACUUUAUAAAGGUAGGCUUCACAGUUUUAUGCCUAGAAGCGAUAUUGACCGCUUGGAUCCGCUCAGCCCACCUUCAACUUUAACUAAUCAGAAAGAAUUGCGACGUUCUAUCAUGGCUAUGACGACACAAGGUAACCCACAAUCUAAUAAUAACAUCUCGGUUAAAAGUAAUCAUUACGGAUCUAAAGCAAAUAAUUUUAUGGUCCCAGUCAACCAGAGAAAUGUAUCUAUACCCACUCUCCAUUAUAGUAGAGAUAAAAGUAGUAAACGUCGAUUAUCACCUUUAUUGAUGAUUACAAGAAGGCAGCGUCAUCAUAAAACUACUACUUCUACUUCGAUUAAAGAUCGUAAAAAAGUUAGUGAUAUUGAAAGUCACAUCGAUAUGACUGUUAAAUCAUCUGAUAAAAAUCUCGAUCAAGAUAGGCAGCAACCGGCCAAUCCUUUAACUAAUGGAGAACAGGAUUGUGGAACAAUCACACACGAUGACGAGCUAGAGGUUAAUAAUGGCAAUUCGGAUAGAAAUGAUGGUGACGAUUCUAAAAAGAAACAGUUAGUUCAACCUGAGGAAUUAUCAAUGAAAGAGUUGAAUCUUGACGAUAAUGUUGAUUCCGACGUAAAAAUCGUUAUUGAUGAAGUAGAAGAUAACACACAGAAUGAAAUUACAGAACAGAAUGAUGUCAGCAGUAGUGAUAAUCAUUUAAAAAUUAAUUCUGUUUAUCCUAAACUAAGGGCCGUUUUUGCCUUUACUAAAUUUCUUAAAUGUCAAGGCCAAAUAUCAAACCUGGUAAAAGAAUUAAAGGAUAUCGUUCACGCAGUUGAGGAAAAUACACAAGAAUAA